AAUACACUAAUGUAUCGUCUUUUCAGACCAGCGGACAUGAAGAAUGGAGGACUCGUUAGACACGAUCUUCUUGAUGCAUACAAUUGCACCAAUGGUAUAAAAUGGAUCGAGCGAAUAUUUUCGGAUUGUGUCGACACUGAGCUGAAACUGCUUGGUUUUAUUAUUGGUAUUAUCUCACUUAUGCUUUGGUUGCUGCCACUUAUCCCGCAGCUGUUACAAAACUACAAAACAAAGAAAUGUGAUGGAUUGUCACCGUUUUUUCUUUUCUUCUGGCUUGUCGGUGAUACGUGUAACAUGUUAGGUGCAAUACUUACACACCAGACACCUUUGCAAAAGGUUAUUGGUGUUUAUUAUAUAAUCCAGGAUCUCGCAUUGUGGGCGCAGUUUGGAUACUACACGAAGAUAUAUCCGAAACUCGUAGGUCAAAGAAGUUCGACUAUCGUUGUUCCUUGUGUCGCACUUUCUACGCUUGGUUCCUGUUUGUUAUUGAGGGACGGAUCACGCUCUAUACGAUCAGUCCAAGCUGACAGCAAUGGAAAAAUCACCCUGGAAAGCGCUCUUAAAAUGUGGCCUAUAUUUGAAAGUUACACUGAUCUUUUGGGAUACAUCAUUGGUUCUAUAGCUGCUUUGUGUUAUUUCGGAGGCCGAAUACCUCAAAUUAUCAAGAAUUAUCAGCGAAAAAGCUGUGCUGGUCUCUCACUUCUAAUGUUUUACAUCAUCGUAGCUGGUAAUCUUACUUAUGGCGUGUCCGUGCUGCUCGCAACAACAGGCUGGCUCUUUUUCCUGAGACAUCUUCCAUGGCUAGCUGGAAGUCUCGGUUGUGUGAUGUUUGACAUCGUUGUAAUUUCACAGUACUAUUACUAUAGUAAAAAGAAGAAAGAAGCGAACGAUAUAGAACGCGAACGUCUGCUAGAGGAUGAUAGUACGCGCGAUGACUAACUCCUAAUAUGCAUUUCAAUCAUUUUAAUAACUUAUAUUGUAUGUCGUGGUAUGUUGUUGAUGUGCCAAGCACAUUAGUCAUUUUGUAUUCGUUAUUUCUUUACGAUCAUCUCAUGGUCAGUAAUAGUCUCAGUCUGUGAUAUUCUAAUUUCACAUACUGUUUAUCAUCGAGACUUCCUGAUGCUAACUUCCUACGUGUUUCAGUGUUUUUACCUCAUUUCAAUCUUCCUACGUCACGUUUAUAUGUUUUAGCUAAUAACACUCUUUUCGUAUCUUCUGUUUUUAUUGUACAGUCAGC